AUGUCUUACUAUCCAUUGUACAACGUCAAUCUGUAUGGUUACGGUUAUCAAAAUCCUUUCUAUGGCCAGCUGUAUCCAUCCAUGACCCCACCUUAUUACUAUGGUGCAGCAGGGUACUAUCCUUCAUCAUACUAUGGCGGAUACUAUGGGGUGCCUUAUCAAAGGCCUGGUCUACUACGUGGAAUUAUGAACCGACUCCGUUAUGGAUCAUACUAUUACCCACCACCUUAUUACGACUAUGGACGAUACUAUCCAGAGAUGAAUCAAGUGAGCACGGUUAAAGAUCUUUGGAAGAGUAACGAGUAUUAUUGA